GCCAGUUCCUGGCGCCGCUGCUUUGCUGUUGUGGACUGGAGGGCUGCCCACCCGGAGGAGGGACGAAGUGCCAUGGAGGUAGUGGAGCUGCAGCUUCGGGCUCUUCAAGAGAACGAUAUGGCCACCAGCGAGGGUAUCGCCAAGACCUUCGAGUUCGCCUCCCCGAGCAAUCAGGCCGCCACGGGGCCUGUCGAGCGCUUUGCCGAGAUGAUCUACCUCGGCUACCCCAUCCUCCUGAACUCAAAGCAGUUCACUCUCCUGUCAGCCCUGAAACUCGCCGAGAACGAGUAUGCAAUCCGAGUUGAGGUGGAAGGUACAUGGGCCGGCAAGCAGAUCUUCGUCUGGCUGCUGAGUAACGCAGGCGAUGGCACUGGCUGGAGAACGAACUCGGUGAUGCCAGAUGGCGCGGAGUGA